AGGUGCACUGAUGUUUCUUGUAGGAGGGGAUAUGAUGGUUGUUUGACUAGGAUUUGUUUUCCCCUUCCAGUCAAGAUAGUUGGCUGAAAGUGCAAGACAAAGCUUCGUCUACAAGAAAACUAGUCACCUUCAAAACAUAUAUAUACCCAAUUAACCACUUUGGAUUGUAGAAAUCAACACGUGAAUUCAGAUACCCUUUUCAUCUUUUGGAAAAGCUUCCAUUUUUAGCAAAAGGAUAUCUGGGUCAUUGAAAGAAGACAAUAGCAAACAAGAUGGCUGAGGAGAUAGGAUCAGAUGCCGACGCCAAAGCAAAUGGGCCCACGAGAAACUCAUCAGAAGCAGCCACCAAUGGAAAAUCCAAGGAGGUGCAUGAGCAGAGUGAAUUGCAGAAGAGCAAAGGAAAAGAAGAGAGCAAGAACACCGUCCCAUUCUACAAGCUCUUCUCAUUUGCUGACUCCACUGAUCUUGUGCUGAUGUUGGUGGGCACGGUCGCCGCUGUCGGAAAUGGUCUUGCUUUACCCCUUAUGACCAUCCUCUUUGGAGAUCUGGUGGAUUCUUUCGGACAGUCUACGGACGUUCAGGACGCAGUUCAUAAAGUUUCGAAGGUGUCUCUGAAAUUUGUUUAUUUGGCUAUUGGAUCGGGUUUGGCAGCAUUCUUCCAGGUGUCUUGCUGGAUGGUCACAGGGGAAAGACAGGCUGCACGAAUAAGGAAUUUGUACUUGAAGACGAUACUGAGACAAGAUAUCGCAUUCUUCGAUAAGCAAACAAACACUGGAGAAGUUAUAGGGCGGAUGUCCGGCGAUACUGUCCUUAUACAAGAUGCCAUGGGUGAGAAGGUCGGUAAGUUCAUUCAGCUGAUAUCAACAUUCGUGGGAGGCUUUGUAGUGGCAUUCAUUCAAGGGUGGCUUCUUACCCUUGUUAUGCUAUCGUCUAUUCCUCCUCUUGUGCUCUCUGGUGCUGCCAUGGCCAUCAUGAUAUCAAAGAUGGCGUCCCAUGGACAAACAGCAUAUGCAGAAGCAGGAAUUGUUGUAGAGCAGACGAUAGGUUCCAUCAGAACGGUUGCAUCAUUUACUGGGGAGAAGCAAGCGAUUAAGAAAUACGACAAGUCUCUCAAGAAGGCUUACAAUUCUGGUGUUCAGGAAGGGUUGGCUGCAGGAUUAGGUCUUGGUUCAGCAUUGUUUAUCUUAUUCUGCAGCUAUGCUUUAGCUGUAUGGUUUGGUUCGAGGAUGAUACUGAAUAAAGGCUAUACGGGCGGUGACGUGAUUAAUGUUAUAAUUGCAGUCUUGACUGGCUCUAUGUCUCUAGGCCAGGCAUCUCCUAGUUUGAGUGCAUUUGCAGCAGGUCAAGCUGCAGCAUUCAAGAUGUUAGAGACCAUCAAGAGGAAGCCAGAUAUAGAUGCCUAUAACACCAGUGGAGGGAAACUAGAUGACAUUCAGGGAGACAUUGAAUUAAGAGAUGUUUAUUUCAGUUAUCCGGCUAGACCAGACGAGCAAAUAUUCGCUGGAUUCUCUCUCUCUAUACCGAGCGGUAUGAAUGCAGCUUUGGUUGGGCAGAGCGGAAGCGGGAAGUCGACGGUUAUCAGUCUAAUAGAGAGGUUUUAUGACCCACAAGCUGGGGAAGUCCUUAUAGAUGGUAUAAAUCUCAAGGACUUUCAGCUAAGAUGGAUUAGAGAGAAAAUUGGGCUUGUUAGCCAAGAACCAGUCCUAUUUGCAUCUAGCAUUAAAGAGAACAUAGCAUAUGGCAAGGAAGGUGCAACUGUUGAAGAAAUCAGAGCUGCAAUGGAGCUUGCCAAUGCUGCCAAAUUCAUAGACAAAAUGCCUAAGGGAAUUGAUACUAUGGUUGGUGAGCAUGGGACUCAGCUAUCUGGGGGGCAGAAGCAGAGAAUUGCCAUAGCCAGAGCAAUUCUAAAAAAUCCACGAAUUCUACUCCUAGAUGAAGCAACAAGCGCGCUCGAUGCGGAGUCUGAACGGAUCGUGCAGGAGGCACUCGACAGGAUCAUGGUCAACCGGACCACCGUCAUUGUGGCCCAUCGCUUGACUACAGUGAGAAAUGCUGAUAUGAUUGCCGUGAUUCAUCAAGGAUCAAUUGUUGAGAAAGGUUCUCAUUCGGAGUUACUCAAGAUUCCAGAUGGAGCAUACUGUCAACUCAUACGCUUGCAAGAGAUGAACCAAGGAUCGGAUGACCCAGACAAGCCAGAAUUGUCAUUGGAUGCUGGCCGCCAAUCAAGCCAACAGUUGUCCAUCCGACGAUCCAUAAGCCAUGGAUCAACAGGUGGUUCUGGAAACAGCAGCCGUCGCUCAUUUGGCCUACCUAGAGGAAUCGACAUCCAAGAAAGCUCCACAGCAGAACCUGAUGCCCCACCACCAUCACAGAAGCAACAAGAAGUCUCGCUCCGACGCCUCGCCUCUCUCAACAAGCCAGAGAUUCCAGUUCUGCUGCUUGGCUCCAUUGCUGCAGUUGUCAGUGGUGUAAUAUUUCCAAUUUUCUCAAUACUCAUUUCUAAUAUAAUCCGGACUUUCGAUGAGCCGCCAUCAAAACUCCGGAAGGAUUCCAGGUUCUGGUCAUUGAUGUUCGUCAUCCUUGGCGUGGCAUCGUUAGUGUCUAACCCAGUACAAACGUACUUAUUUUCUGUGGCUGGCUCUCGGUUGAUAAAGAGGAUCCGAGCAAUGUCAUUUGAGAAAGUGACAUACAUGGAGAUUGGUUGGUUUGACAGUCACGAGAACUCGAGUGGUGCAGUUGGUGCAAGGCUGUCAGUUGACGCUGCGACUGUCCGCAGCCUGGUCGGGGACACGUUGGCGCUGAUUGUUCAGAACAUGGCAUCAACUAUUGCUGGAUUGACGAUUGCUUUCCAGGCAAGCUGGCAAUUGGCUCUGAUAAUCUUAGCUUUGUUGCCUCUGAUAGGUGUCAGUGGGUGGGCCCAACUGAAAUUUAUGCAAGGAUUCAGUGCAGAUGCAAAGAAAAUGUACGAGGAAGCAAGUCAAGUUGCAAGUGAUGCUGUUGGGAGUAUAAGAACAGUUGCUUCGUUCUGCGCUGAAGAGAAGGUGAUGGAAUUGUACAAGAGGAAAUGUGAAGGUCCUUUGAAGAAAGGGAUACGACAAGGGUUGGUUAGUGGGAUUGGUUUCGGGGUCUCCUUUUUCUUGCUGUUUUGUGUCUACGCAACCAGUUUCUAUGCUGGAGCACGCCUCGUUGAGGACGGGAAAACAACAUUCACAAAGGUUUUCCGGGUCUUCUUUGCUCUCACUAUGGUGGCAUUUGCAGUCUCUCAGUCAAGCUCCCUGGCACCGGACGCUACCAAAGCUAAGAGUUCUACAGCAUCUAUAUUUGCAAUUCUCGAUCGUAAGUCGAAGAUAGAUGCAAGCGAUGAUUCCGGAAUGACACUAGAAGACGUGAAGGGAGACAUUGAGUUUCAGCAUGUCAGCUUCAAAUAUCCCACAAGACCAGAUGUUCAGAUAUUCCGAGACCUCUGCCUGGCCAUUCGAUCUGGCAAGACGGUCGCUCUAGUCGGAGAAAGUGGGAGUGGCAAAUCGACUGCGAUCUCAUUGUUGCAGAGAUUUUACGACCCUGAUUCAGGUCAAAUUUUCCUGGAUGGAAUUGAAAUUCGGAAGUUUCAGUUGAGGUGGUUAAGACGUCAGAUGGGUCUGGUGAGUCAGGAACCUGUGUUGUUCAAUGACACAAUCCGAGCCAACAUUGCCUAUGGAAAGGAUGGAGAUGCAACCGAAGCUGAGAUUGUAUCUGCAGCAGAGUCAGCGAAUGCUCACAAGUUCGUAAGUAGCCUGCAACAGGGUUACGAGACGUUGGUAGGAGAGCGAGGCGUCCAAUUGUCAGGUGGGCAGAAGCAGCGGGUGGCAAUUGCACGGGCGAUAGUCAAGGAGCCGAAGAUCCUGCUACUAGACGAGGCAACGAGUGCACUGGAUUCGGAGUCAGAACGAGUGGUUCAGGAGGCGCUGGACCGGGUAAUGGUGAACCGAACGACUGUCGUGGUGGCCCACCGGUUGUCAACCAUUAAAGGGGCUGAUCUAAUUGCAGUGGUUAAAAAUGGGGUUAUUGUAGAGAAAGGAAAGCAUGAGGCUUUAUUGAAAAUCACUGAUGGAGCCUAUGCUUCCUUAGUGGCACUUCACAUGAGUGCUUCAUCUUAGUAAAUUUUCAUCCAAUUUUCAAUGUCAUGCAGUAUAUAGUUCUCUGAAGAGUGGUUAAAGAGAAAAAUGAGAGAUUAUCUCUCUUUCCCAAGUUCUCAUUUUCAUAUCAAUAUCCUAUUUUAUAUUUUCCUAGUCACCAAGGGCAUAUUUGGCAGAUGCUUAAAAAUGAGUUAAAAUUCAUUUUAGUUAAUCAUAUU